AUGUACCUUCCACACGAGAUCAACCGCAUCAAGGACCAGCGACGCCUCCGGCAACGGGGCAUCGCCGACCCCUCUGACCUCGGUUUCGGUGACGCCGGUCUCGAUUAUGACGAGAAGUCGGCAGUAGGGGCCGCUGGAGAUGCGGAGGGCGACGACCGUGUUGCGGAUGAGGGCGGGAUCACGAUAGAGCCGUUCCACAUGCGCCGCGAGAUGCAGGAGGGCGCAUUCGACACGGAGGGGACUUACGUUGAGAGCAACCGGAAGAUGACCUCGACGAACAGGUCCCUCAACCGGGACGAGGGUGACGACCCUUGGGUUGCAUCCCUCGAGGAGCAGAAUUCACUGUCAUUUAAGGUACGCUAUCAGUGUUUGUAUGCCAGUUUUACGUGUCUGCAGGCUGAAAAUGGCGCGUUUUACGCAAAGCAGCCGGUGCGCGCCUCUGCGUCAACUCCCGACCUCAUGGAGCAGCUGCAGGACGUCCCUACAAUCGACGUCAUCAAGAGGCUCAUCACGUUGCUGGAGCCGGGAGAGACGCCGGUGGAUGCGCUCAAGGUUAAGCGCCAGCAAUCAGGCAAACGUUGCCUGCCUGGCUUUCGUAAACAGGAGCGGGAUGCGGCGGACGCCAGUGCGGCCAGUCAAGGAGCCGAAUCAAAGCAUAAGAAAGAGACAGGGCCUAAAGACCUCAGCAAAUACGACGUGUCUGACCUUGCGCACGUGCUCACAAUCACCUGGCAGAACGUGUACUACAUGACGAAGGAGGACAUACGCAAUGCGCUUGCCGCGGCGAAAAACCGACCCAAACGCGGCGGCAAGUCGGCGCCCCCCACGCGAUACCAGUUCCGGUGGGUGCGCGGAGACGGCGUUGUAUACGGCCCAUGUUCGGAGGUCGAGGUACUGUCCUGGAUCGCGCACGACUACGUCUCCGACGACAACCCCAUUGAGCUCAGAGAGGUGGGCCCGGACGGCACGCCACUGGACGAGGAGUGGGUCGGCCACAGGGACACGCCACUCUACAAUUUCCUGAACCCGGGUGCUGAGCUGCCUGGUGGCGUUAAAAGGGGUCGGGCUGACGUUGGCGGAAACGCCGCAUCCGACACCGCCGACAAGGUUGCAUCAGGCGACAACGAGAGCAAUAUCGCCACCUCAGGAGGAGGUGCGGGUGAAAGUAACGGUGUCGGAGGUGAUCCCUCCACGGGAGUUAACGAGGAAGAGAGCGAUGACGACGACGAUGAUGGCACAUUUGCCAAACGACGCCGAAAAGACGAACUCAUCGGAAUCAAACCGAGUACCAAGAAGGCAGACGAAGAUUCCGGAGGAUCUGACGAUGACGACGAGCCGGACAUCGAAUGA